AUGCUUCUCCUGCGCAUCAUCAUCGGCCUCGUCGCCCUCCUGGCCCCCCUUGCCGCGGCUUUUGAAGCCAUCGACUGCAUCGCUGAACGCGACCUUGUCAGCUACAACCAGUUUGUAUCCAGGCUCACCCCAGACGUGUAUGGCGAGAUGAAGCCUAUGAAAGGCUUCGGAUAUGUCCAGGUUGACGUCUACUACGCAAAUACCAGACCACGAAGUCUGGUGUUCUCCAGGGUCUUUCACGCUAGCCCGAAUGCUAAGAAUAUUAUUAUAUCUCGCUAUUAUCAGCCAUUUAUCAUUGCUCCGCAACUGGAGCAAGCGCAUAGUCCUUCCCCUAAGAGGCUUAGAAAAAAGCCCUAG